AUUGUUUGAGUCUCACGGUGCCGACCGCACUCCUCCAUCCAUAUGCAAUACGGAAGGGAUGGAGCUACGAAAACCGCCGAUACCGCCGACUGUACCCGACGUCGAAGAACGGAAAAGAAGAGCAUUUGCCGACGUUGACGAAUUUACGGUAAUAAUACAUGAGCGUUCGCUUUGUAAGAAGACCAAAGCCGAGCGAGAACGCGCGUGGUGUCUAUGGAAUAGAAGUGUUACAAUUAACACAAAAAGAGGCUGAUAAGGUUUGGUUUGGUAUGUGCCAAAAUAAGAAAAAGUCCAUUGCUAUUUGCAAGAGCUUUCUGGCUGACUAUACACGCUAUGCAAGAUGUAGGCGUCUGUAUAUAGACGGUACCGAGGAACAGAAGCAGGUACCAACAGUUCAAUCAGUAGUGACUAUUAUUGCUGUAUGGAAGCAUGUAGUAGCUCAAGCUGAUGCUGUAGUGCUUGCGAAGAGAAGGGAUCAAGAUUCAAAUGAAGAUUCAGACGAAGAUUCUGAAUAAUGGAUAUUGCUUGGCAACCGUGGGAAGGCCCGUGGAGAGGUUAUCUAG